AUGGCACAAAGCGUGUUCCUUUUUUUACUAUGGUUUUUCGGCAGCUCCCUCGCAGGCUUUCCCAACCAGAUAAAUAUAGGGGGGCUCUUCAUGCGGUCCACGGUGCAGGAGCACAGCGCUUUCCGCUUUGCCGUGCAGCUCUACAACACCAACCAAAACAUGACAGAGAAACCGUUUCAUCUGAAUUACAACGUUGAUAACCUCGAGUCCUCCAACAGCUUCGCCGUUACCCAUGCGUUUUGCUCCCAGUUCUCCCGAGGCGUGUACGCCAUCUUCGGCUUCUACGACAAGAAGUCCAUGAACACGCUGACGUCGUUUUGCGGCGCGCUGCACACCUCCUUCAUCACGCCCAGCUACCCCAUCGACUCCGACGUGCAGUUUGUCAUCCAGAUGCGGCCCUCCCUCAAGGGGGCGACGCUGAGCCUGCUGUCCCGCUACAAGUGGCUCAAGUUCGUCUACCUCUACGACACCGACAGGGGCUACUCCAUGCUCCAGGCUAUCAUGGAGGCGGCGGUGGCCAACAACUGGCAGGUGACGGCGCGCUCGGUGGGCAGCAUCACGGACCCCCAGGAGUACCGCCGCAUCAUCGAGGAGAUGGACCGCCGACAGGAGAAGCGCUACCUCAUCGACUGCGAAGUGGACCGCAUCAACGUCAUACUCGAAGAGGUUGUGGGCCUGGGGAAGAAUGCCCGGGGAUACCAUUACAUUAUUGCCAAUCUGGGCUUCACCAACGUGAGCUUGGACAAGGUGGCUGCCGGUGGAGCGAACAUAAGUGGGUUCCAGAUAAUCAAUCCGGAGAACCCAAUCGUGCAGCAGUUCCUCCAGCGCUGGGACCGGCUGGAUGAAAGGGAAUUCCCCGAGGCCAAGAACACGCCUCUGAAGUACACCUCUGCGCUCUCGUACGAUGCCAUCCUGGUGAUCGCGGAGGCCUUCCGCUACCUGCGUAGGCAGCGGGUGGACGUGUCGCGGAGGGGCAGCGCGGGAGACUGCCUGGCCAACCCCGCCGUGCCCUGGAGCCAAGGCAUCGACAUCGAGCGGGCCCUCAAAACGGUCCAAGUUCAAGGCAUGACUGGAAAUAUCCAGUUUGACAGCUUCGGUCGGAGAUCAAACUACACCAUCGACGUGUACGAGAUGAAGACAGGUGCGCCGCGGAAGGUCGGGUACUGGAACGAGUAUGAGCGCUUUGUAUCUAUAAUGGAUCAACAAAUCACCAACGACACGGUGGAAAACCGAACAAUUGUGGUCACUACUAUUAUGGAAGCGCCGUACGUGAUGAUGAAGAAAAACGCGGCACAGUUCGAGGGGAAUGACAAGUACGAGGGCUACUGUGUCGAUUUAGCUUCCGAGAUAGCGAAGCACGUGGGCAUUAAGUACCAGCUGUCUAUCGUUAUGGACGGCAAGUACGGAGCCAAAGACCCGGAGACCAAGACCUGGAACGGGAUGGUGGGGGAACUCGUCUAUGGGCGUGCCGACAUAGCCGUGGCGCCUCUGACGAUCACCCUGGUGCGAGAGGAGGUCAUUGACUUCUCCAAGCCCUUCAUGAGUCUGGGCAUCUCCAUCAUGAUCAAAAAGCCCCAGAAGUCCAAGCCGGGGGUCUUCUCCUUCCUAGACCCGCUGGCCUACGAGAUCUGGAUGUGCAUCGUGUUCGCCUACAUUGGCGUGAGCGUAGUGCUGUUCCUCGUGAGUCGCUUCAGCCCCUAUGAGUGGCACCUGGACGAGCAGGACGAGACCAAAGACCCGCAGACGCCUCCCGACCCGCCCAACGACUUUGGGAUCUUCAACAGCCUUUGGUUUUCUCUUGGGGCAUUCAUGCAGCAAGGCUGCGAUAUCUCUCCAAGGUCCUUGUCAGGGAGAAUAGUUGGAGGCGUCUGGUGGUUUUUCACGCUCAUCAUAAUCUCGUCCUACACGGCCAACCUUGCCGCCUUCCUCACGGUGGAGAGAAUGGUCUCCCCCAUUGAGAGCGCUGAGGAUCUAGCCAAACAAACAGAGAUUGCCUACGGAACUCUGGACUCAGGCUCCACAAAAGAGUUCUUUAGGCGCUCCAAAAUAGCAGUGUAUGAGAAAAUGUGGUCAUACAUGAAAUCUGCUGAGCCCUCUGUCUUUGCCAAGACAACUCCUGAUGGGGUGGCACGGGUACGAAAGUCGAAGGGCAAGUUCGCCUUUCUUCUCGAGUCCACCAUGAACGAGUACAUUGAGCAGCGGAAGCCCUGCGACACCAUGAAAGUGGGCGGCAAUCUCGACUCAAAGGGCUACGGUGUGGCGACCCCCAAAGGCUCAGCAUUAAGAAAUGCUGUUAACCUGGCAGUAUUAAAACUGAAUGAGCAAGGCCUCUUGGACAAAUUGAAAAACAAAUGGUGGUACGACAAGGGAGAGUGCGGCAGCGGGGGAGGUGACUCCAAGGACAAGACAAGUGCGCUCAGCCUGAGCAAUGUAGCGGGGGUCUUCUAUAUUCUGGUUGGCGGUCUCGGUCUGGCCAUGAUGGUGGCCUUAAUAGAGUUCUGUUACAAGUCUCGAGCAGAGUCCAAGAGGCUGAAACUCGAAAAGAAUGCCCAAAACUUUAAACCGACCCCCCCAACAAACACUCAGAACUUUGCCACAUACCGAGAAGGCUACAAUGUGUACGGAACAGAGAGCGUUAAAAUCUAGGGGUGCUCUGAAUAUCAAGUUCUCAUGGUGUUCCUGGUGAUUGUGACGAAACACGUGAACGAACAAACAGACAAACAGACAAACGAACAAACAAACUAACGAGUAAACAAAACGAAACCAUACAGAGAUGGCUGGAUCCCUGGAAGAGCCUGCUGAUUCUUGGGGUUUCUGGUCCCAAAAUGCCGUUGUGUGGACAAGUUGUGGCAAUUCGGUGACAAGGGCGGGCGGGGCAUCUGUCUUGCCUGCCAUGUAGAGACUGCUUUUGCUUCCUACAGUGCCUUAUGGAAACAUUCAGAAGAAGAAGAAGAGGAAAAAAAAGAACAAAAAAAAUCACAAACAAUGCAACU